CUUAUUUAUUUGAAAGUGUGAAGCGGGAAUUUAUGUAAUCAUAGGGAAAUAUGGAAUUCAACGAAGAUUUUGUCAAUAUCCAAAGAGCGCUUAAUAGCGCUCAAAAUAAAUAUGGUUCUCUGUGCGAUACAUCUAUAACUGGAGAUAGCCUGAAGACCAAAGACAUCACUGAAAAGUUAGCAGCAGUAAUACAUGAAAAGUACAAAGAUUUCUUAAAUGCUAAAUCAGAAAAUUUGCAUGAUGGUUUGAAAAAAAUAGUAAUAUUUUUAUUAUUGAAUUCUGACAUGUUUGAUGAGGACCCAUUAAUGGCAGAUGAAAACUGCGGACAUCUCAUUGGAAGCAUCCCAACUGUCAGUAAGGAUUUACUAAUUUCAAUAUUUUGGGAUAUAGGCUUGCAAGCUUAUGUCUAUGAUUUCAUUGCAAAUGGACCACCGUCACUUGUUAUUCAUGUAAUAGAUACACUGGCUCACAAAAAGACUUCGAUGGAGCUGUAUGAUGCCCUGGAAUUGAGCUCCAAAUCAAUUGUAGGUAUAUAUACACAACUUUUGAAGAUUUCCUUAGGAAGAAUUACUUCAGAAAACAUGAAUUAUUGUUGGUGCAGAUUCACAGAAUACUUAAAAAAUUUCUUGACAAUAUUUUUGGACCCAGGGAAGAAACGAUUUGAAGGAAGAGGAACUAAAGACUUGCAUUAUUUUGCAGGUUGUGCAAUGAAAAAGUUAUUAAUUGUUUGUGAACAUUGUUUAAAAUAUUUUGUAAACUGUCCAGAACAUAAUGAUAGUAUACAUACCAUUUACAAGAGCAUAGAUUAUCCCAUUGAGGAAUGUAAACAUGAGGAACACUGUAGAACUGAUUCUAUUUCUGAAAUUACCAAUGACUUACUUACUGCUUGUUUGCAUAAUUUGUAUGGAGUUACAGUAGAUUUAUGGUUGUUUUGGGUAGAAUGUGAUGAAAAAGAUGAAAGGCAUUUGCAACUGGAUAUUGCUGAGGCAAGCUUUCGUGUCACUGAAGCUAUAAAUAGUGUUCAGGAGUUCAGUCAGAAAUUUUCUUGUGUGGAAAGAUUAUUGCCCUUACUACAGCGCUUUGCUACCAAACCUAUAAGUGAGGAAGACAUAAUAAUGUCUGCAGAUCUUGCAACAGUAAUGAAAAACAUACCAAAUGAAGAUAAAAGACUUAAUAGAUGGUGGAAGGCCUUUCUUAGUUUUGAUUGUCUCUGUGAGACUGAAGAAACUUUGGUGUGCUUGGAAGGGAAUUUAUCAGUGGUGGAUAAAGAUGAUGUUUGUAGGAUACUAGACAUUGCUGCUAAUAAAUUGUCUUCUACUGAAAAUUUAAGUGAUAUCCCAUGUGAGAGGUUGAAACACUUGUCACUUAAUGCAGUGAAAAGUCUGGAGCUACCACUGCAGUUUGAAGUGUUGAAUCAUUUCUUUUCGAAGCAAGGUGUGACAUCGGUACUGGAAACAAAAGAAUUUAAUAAAGAUUGUACAGAGUGUUUCAACAAAUCUACAGAAUUUUCUGAAGAAGCAAAACAAGAGGAGUUUGUUAAACAGUGUGUUGCAGUCUGUUUACAAUCACCUCAGAAUUUUGUAACGAAGGCAUUGUCAGAAGUGCUUCGUAACAAGCAGCAGCUUGCUGUUGUAAUUAAUGCACUUAAAGAAUUGAAAAGCCCAUUGUCUGCGUUAACAGUGAAUGGAAAUAACCUGAUAUUGCAUUCCAUUGAAAAAAUUAUAUUGAACAAGUUCUCUGAAGAUACUGAGGCUGACAACUACAUUUGUAUGGUUGUUGCUUUAGUUAAUGAACGUCUCAUUAGUGGGAAACUUUACAUUGAGAUGUUUCUACUCCCAAGCAUACAUGAAACAGCAACAAGAAGAGAGUGGCCUAGCCUUUUAAUUUGGCUUCAGACUUUACACGUGUUUGUAGAUGGUACAGUGAAUGAAGGGAAGUCAUUCAGUAUUCCUGCUGUGCUCAUUAUGUUAGCACAGUUACUUGAAACUGCCAGGUGGAAUAUUUCAACUUACACACCGCAGUUGGCAACUGUUCGACAAGAAACUAUUGCCAUCAUUAAUGUACUUUUGAAUGAAAAUUCCACUGACAUUGAAGAGGAAAUUUUAAAAAGCUGGCUUUCUCCAAAGCUAAAAUCAAUAUUAAGACCAAUAAAUAUCCCAUAUUUUAAGAAGUUGUUGGUGGAAGAUGAAUUUGUGGCUUGUGAGGGAAACCUGAGUUCAGCUCUUGUGGCAGCAAUGCAUGGAAAGAUGGAAAUUAGUUCAUUAGCGGACAUAAUCAGAAAAAGCCCACAAAAAGAUGUGUUACUCAAGGCGGCAGUGCUACAGGUGUUGCCAGAACUCACAUCUGCGGAAUGGAAAUUAUUAUCAGCCUGUGUUGAGAAGCUGUUCCAGAUCUUAAAACCAGAAUCAAAUGCUGCCAUCGAAUCAUUUCACAUUUUUAUGGAUGUAAUUGUUGUUAUAACAGCUGUUAUCAACAGGAAAAAUGCAAUAGAAAAUUUUGCAACUUUCUUAGAUUUCUCCCUGCAAAAUCUUGGACUACUUAUAAUGGAAAACACUUGUCAAGCCAUACUAUCAGAAAAUGUACAGUCAUCUCUGCAAAUCUUCCAGAAAGUGCUUUAUCUCUUUAAUUGCCUUCCACAAUCUGUGAAGCAUACAUCGUGCUCAAUAUGGGUCAACGUUUGUGCAUCUCUAAUGGGAAGCAUUGUGGAUGGCAGAGAGACUGCAGAAAAAUUACUUACGGAAAAAAAUAUAGCAGUCAGUCUAUCCGUUGUUCCAACUGAGGACCUCAGACAACCUCUUGCAAAAAAGUUACUGGACAUUAUGCGCUCUGACGUCAACUAAUAUUGUAACUGCUGUUUGUGUAACGGUUGCCUGCACCGUUAUUUUAAAAAGGCUGUGAAAUAUAUAUGCAUAAUAACCUUUAUGCAUUAUUGAUAUUUAUAUUGAAACUAUUUAUUAUUGUAGUUUAGAGUACUAAUUCAGUAGAAAAUGUAAAGCUAAUAAAUACAUAAUGAAUUUAAUAAUAUAGUGAAAUCAAAUGGAUAUACAUUGUUUUAUUAGUUCUUGUUAUAUUUUGCAAUUUUGUUCUUACAGAUUCCCAAAUUUUUUCAUGAGGAAAUGAACACCUCUCUCUCUCUCACUCAGAAAUAUGUCACAUUUACUGUCUAAUCUUAUUUUUUUUUCUGAGAACUCAAAUUCCCAGUGUAACUAAAACAUAUUACUAAUUAUUCUAUUGCAUAUGAUGUACCUAGUGAAAUUAAUGCAUUGUAUAUUUUUUAUCAUUUUUGGAUUUCUAUCCAGAAGUUGUAAAAGGUGUUCACAGUCUUGCACACUUAAAUGGAAAAAAAAAGUUCCAAACAGGAUAUAAA